CUGAGUAUUUUUAAUGCUUUAAAGGCAGAUCUGAGUGUUAGAUGGAUGCAGAAGAAAAGAGGAGUCCUACAGUGCAUGCAGAAGCAUAUUAUGGUUAGUUAUUAUAGCGAGAAUAUGUGGAGUAUGUCUCUAAAACAUGAGCCAUAGCUGCGGUUUUAUAUUGUGCCAUAUGUGGAGCUUUUAACUUUUUCACCUUGUCGAGAAGGGAAUCCAGCAGCAGUACCAGGAAACAGCCCGGUAAAGGUCACGCUGAUUAUUUAUUGGCGAUCUGCCAAGAGCGGGCGCGAGCCCGCGCGUGUGUUCUUUUGCGUGCGUGAGCGUGCGUUCGUGUGUUUACUGGAAGAACCUCUGAACGGAGGGGGGCGGAGCUUUACGAACAUCGGCUUUACUCACUGGAAACAACCUCCAGUAAACCUCCUCCCCUCCCCUCCUCCCCCAACACACACACACGGGGAGUUCUCCGGCAGAUACCGCUGCCGACACAUUCCUCUGCUCGGUAAGGAAACCCACACGCUCUUUUGGAUACUUUUUUAUGGAUUUUAAUGCCUGAGUUAAUAUUUUUUCAAGCACUACUUUCGGGUAGUUUGCGUAUCUUUUCUUUUGGCGACGAGUGGCUGCGGCGCUGGGCUGAGUGUAUCCACAAGCUGUGUAUAGGUGCUCUCUACCAGCCCCUCUCUGGAUGCAUCAGACUCCUCUUCCCCGGGGCCCUGGACCCGGUGUGUGACCCCGCCAUCCUCACCCCGCUCCCCCCCUCGCCUCCCCUCUCGCUCUGCUGCCGACUCUCUUCCACCUGUCCAACCCGCCGCUCCUUUUCUGGGCCCCCUGCCUCUCGAUCAGCAGGGAGAGGCAGGGGGCCAUGGCAUGGCCAUGGUAACCUUUGCAGGACACAACCCCGUUGCCAUGAGCAGCGUCACCCCUCCAGAGGGCAGGGUUCAGGGGUCGAACUUUACCCCGCAUCAUUUCAAGCCCUUCAGCUCGCAUGAACACUACCAGCAGGUGAUGCGUGCACUGCAUAAGCUUCAGCAGAGUGGCUUUUACUGGGGAGCUGUCGGAGGCCGGGAAGCCAGCUCCCUGCUACGCUCUCAACCCCCUGGCACUUUCCUGGUCCGUGACUCCUCAGACCACCACCACUUCUUCACACUCUCUGUCCAGACAACUAAGGGAACCAAGAAUCUGCGAAUCCACAGUGAGGGAGGAGGCUUCUUCCUACAGCCAGACCCCCAAAAUACCCAGGAGCUCCCGCAAUUUGACUGUGUGCUGAAACUCAUAGCGCACUACAUGAGGAAGGGGCAGGAUACUGAAGGGACCAAGGAAGGGGCGAGUGGGGAAAAUCCAGGAGAGACAAAAACAAAGGCACACAAUGUUUAUCUGAUCCACACCGGUGGGGAGAAAAUCCCCCUGGAGUUGCGUCGACCCCUCUCGACUUGUCUCUCCAGCCUGCAGCACAUGUGCAGGAGGACGCUGAACAAUCAGGGCCUGGGAGCGUCUGAGCGGACUGAGCAGCUCCCGGACACACUUAGAGACUACCUGGAGGAGUAUGAUGCUCCUAUAUGACUGACAGGAACUGCGAAAGGUUCCACUGCAUGGACCAAGUGCCAGGAUUACAGCACGGACCAGCUCUCGGUGAAUGCGAGAUUGUCUGUGCGGACAUAAACUGACCAGACUGAGCCUUAAGUCCUAACAUGAGGUCAGUUUUCCAUGAUGAGGAGUGUGAUUUGGGUAACCGACGAUUACCUCGUCCGUCCUGCCUUGCAAAAAAACAAAAACAAAAUAAACAAAAACACUGACCACUCAAGUGAGUGGCAGAUGAAGCCCGAGGUCAAAGGUCAACGUUUCCUAUGACUGACUGAGACGCAGAGCAGUGCCUCGUAGAAGAUUAACCUGACUGGUCGAUAUUAACGAUGACAGCGAAGGCAUGAUCAAUGCACCACCGGUGAUAUCUUGGUGGGUUUAAUGUGCUUCAAAAGAAAGCUGCUGCUGUCUGCGUGACAUUUCCAACUGGACAGACAAACGGCAGUGGGUAGAGAGAGUGGAUGGAGCGGGGGGUGGGGGUUUCAGAGAAAAGGCAAAGUCCAAACGAGAGGGGCCCUGUACAGAGAACGCACAGGAUUUGUUUGUCUGAGUGUGAGCGUGAGUGUGUGUGAGUGUGUUUGUGUUGUGGUGGUGCACACAUUUCCAUUGCUGCUUCCCGCAAGUGUUGCCUCAUAGAUGGGGAGUGGGACGGUCAUGCACUCUAGCUCCACAUAUGCAAACACACACCCACACCCUCAAACACAGGUAUAGACCACAUGAAGGUUUUGUUAGCAUGGGAGUUUUGGGGGGAAUGGGGGGAGGUAAAAAAAAAUCAUUACUAAGCAUUUUCUUCUCCUAUGUGUUCCUUGUUCCUGAUCCAUAACCAUUUGACUGCCCAGCCCCCCCUCCCCCUGCCUUUUUGUUUCAGAGAUGCAUGUAUGCUUUGACAGUGACAGAAAACAGGCCGCUCUUGCCGAGACAAAAGCUUUUUUACCGGGACAAAAGCCCUGGCAUGGGACCAAACAAAACAGCAGAAUUUAUUUUUAUCCCGACUGGCUGGAAAAAUGUCAGCGACACUGUAAAGCUCCUUGGGGGAAUGAUGAUAAUGGUGAUGAUCCCAAAGAUGCGGAGAGGGUGAGGAUUUUAAAGCAGAGGGAGGAGUGGGAUUGGGAGAAGGAAACUGAAAAGGAGGGGUAGACUUGGGGGAGAAAGGUGGGAGGAGACAUACUGGUAUACAGCUAAACAAAAACUCUGAUAAGAGGAAAUGAUAGAGCACAACAGGACGCCGCUCCUGUAAAUAUAACUGCCCCGUGUGAGGGAAAAAAAGAUUUUAGCUGAGUCUUAUUUCUGUCUUAGAUUAUCAUCUCCGGCUCAUUUCUAUUUGUUAAAAUGCCCCAGUGUGUUUGAAUAUCUGUCUGCCUUCUCCUGUAACUUCAGAAAGGAUUUGUAUUUUUUACUUUUUUUGUCUACUUUUCCAUCAUAACCUCUGGAGGAGGAGAAGUGGACAGUUGGACUUGUCUGAAUGUUAAGGAUACACUACACUUUUCCCUCAAGUGAUUCUUAAAAAAGAAAAGAAAACAGUCUUUUGUAAACCAGAAUUCAAAACUUAGAUUUGAUCAAAAAAAGAAAAAAAAGGAAGUGCUUUUGCUGUUUGACCCGUACCUGUGAUCCAUAUUGGAGUGGCAGCCUUUUGUUUUUUUUCUGUUUGAGCUCACAUGGCCACUCGAGGUGAGGGCGGCACACUUUUUUUGGUCAAAUCUGGGUCACAUCAACACAAACUCUUUUUUUUUUUUUUUUUUACAUGUGUUGCACUGGUGGACCACGUGUAUGUGAAUCAUAUUGUCUUUUAUAAAGACUCUCUCGCAACAGGCUGGCCACUAGUCUGGCAAUACAAGCUGUAAUACCUGAAAUGACAAAACAUUACAGAAAUAAAUGAAAAGGAACGUUGCACAUAUUUAUAUUUCUAAAAUAUUUCAAUAAUUUAUAUUAAAAAGCACUAUUUUUACAAAAGUCAA